ACGGUGGUUAUGCACUAUGCCUAUGAGAAAUUGACAUGGGAUAUAAGCGGGGAGUUCAUACCGGGUAAUGGGCAGAUCUGUGAGGAUGAGGAUAGCUGGUGGAAGUGGAUGGUUCCGUCCAAGUAUGCGUGGGUGUUUUGGAAUUCUCUUAAUAAUGUUGAUGUGGGUCUCAAGCUAUGCUCACGGCCUGAAUACGUGGGUGAAGAUGGGGUUUUGCAGGUGCAUAUUCCACAGGCUAUUAAUAAUUGA